GCAGCAUCGAAUGCGCAUCCGCUGCGUUCUGAUAACGCGUGACUCAGCACGCGACCACGGCGGUGGGGUCUCCGAAGCGCUGAUCUGGCUUAUUAUUGGUCGGGUCAUUCAUACAGCGGAUUCUAAUCGCAUGCUCAGCGGAUUUUCAUUGAAGCGGAUGUUAUUAGAUGUAUGGUCAACAUUCGCUGUCAGUCGCUACCAGGUCGCGCUCAAGGAAGGUCGCGCCGAACUCGCACCUCGACACUCGACGCCAGUUCUGUAAACAACGCCGGCCCACCCGUACACAAUUAGUGAUAAAACCCUAAACACCACCCGGAAACGAUGCGACUCGUCGCCGGCUGAAUGUUUGCUGUGAUUAUCGAAUUGAACCAAAUAUUCUGGAGCAUCUCGAGCGAGCAGUGGUAGUGAUAACAAUUGGAGGAGAGUCGAUUUAAUUGGUGUAUGUUGUGUCACCUGCUGGUAAAUAAUAGGCUUUAUCGUGUAUUAUCGGUUGAACCUCGCUGAGCUGUUUAGUCAGUAGUCGAUAACGUUCGAAAUCGUGUGCGCGUGUUGGAAGAUGCCAGUGCUUGGCUACGAGAGCAUGGCGAGCCAGGACCUCUGCCUGCUGGGCUACGGCGCCGAGUACAUGAUGCCGACGGCGCCCGCGCCGGCCUCGUGGGACAAAGCACCAGAAAACGCAUACUCCGGAUACGCCUGCAGAAACAACAUGGAAACCCCUCCGAAUUUCAACAUGAAAUACAGUGAAGAUAGUGAUAUACAACUCGAGACGAGUAGUAGUGAAGCGAGCGCGGCUAGUUCAACCCCGCUAUCGCAACACUGCGCCAUCUGCGGCGAUCGAGCGACGGGCAAGCACUAUGGCGCGUCAUCGUGCGACGGGUGCAAGGGCUUCUUCAGGAGGAGCGUCAGAAAGAACCACCUAUACACGUGCAGAUUCAGCAGAAAUUGUGUGGUGGACAAAGACAAAAGAAAUCAAUGCAGAUACUGUAGGUUAAGGAAAUGCUUUAAGGCCGGCAUGAAAAAAGAAGCCGUUCAGAACGAGAGAGACAGAAUCAACUGCAGAAGGCCGUCUUACGAAGAACCAACGCAAGCCAACGGGCUGUCCGUCGUGUCGCUGCUCAAUGCGGAACUUCUCAGCAGAAAGGUCAUAGAUGAGACGAUAAACGUAUCUGACGCGGAACUCAGCAACCGAAAGCUAGCGAAGAUCAAUGACGUGUGCGACUCCAUCAAACAACAGCUACUGAUCCUGGUCGAGUGGGCCAAGUACAUCCCUGCCUUUACGGAGCUGCAUCUAGAUGACCAGGUGGCGUUGCUUCGCGCGCACGCGGGCGAGCACCUUCUGCUGGGCUGCGCGCGGCGCUCGCUGCACCUCAGCGACGUGCUGCUGCUCAGCAACAACUGCAUCAUCGCCAAGCACAACAUCGACGGGCGAAUGGACAUAGACAUCAGCAUGAUCGGCAUGCGCGUGAUGGACGAAAUCGUGAAGCCCCUGCGCGAGAUCGACAUCGAUGACACGGAGUUCGCCUGCCUCAAGGCCAUCAUAUUCUUUGACCCCAACGCCAAAGGCCUAUCCCAGCCGCAAAAGAUCAAACAACUCCGCUACCAAGUCCAAAUCAACCUGGAGGACUACAUCAGCGACCGGCAGUACGACGGCCGCGGCCGCUUCGGCGAGCUGCUGCUGUGUCUGCCGCCGCUGCAGAGCAUCACGUGGCAGAUGAUCGAGCAGAUACAGUUUGCCAAGCUGUUUGGAGUCGCGCACGUCGAUAGUCUGCUUCAGGAGAUGCUGCUAGGAGGUGCAUCAACAGACACAGCCAUGGAGAGCAUGGAGGAAGCAGCAGCGCCGAGCGCGUCACCCUUGGGCGCGUCGCCGCCGCUAGUACCGCAUGUGCCGCUACCCGAAGGCUUCCUCGAGCCCGCGCCCUUCAAGCAGGAGCCCAACAUGAGUCCAGAGCCAACAUCAUUGAGGACCUCAGAUAUCACACUAUUAUAAUGUAAGACAAUCGAUUCAGAUAAUACUAUUCGUCUUCAUUGCAAAAACAAUGCUGCUACCUUGAAAUUAGGUAUAAAUUAAAUAGUCAAAAUUUGUCUUAGCAGUGAUAUUUUGUUACCCUAUUUAUAUGUAAUGAAAUGAAACAUGCGUUUGAAGACCUUAACGUUGUAUUUGCAACAUUUUAUAGCUUUUAGUAGGAUUAACCAGAAGGUGCCCGUUAUUUUAAGAUAAAUUUAAUAUAGGUGUAGGUGUUUACUACUUUGCCAAGAGACAAAAUUAUUUAUAUAAUGUUUACAUUAAAUUGUAUUAGAUGAUAGACUUACCCGUAAAGUGCAAUUAAUUAUGUAGGCUGUGUAACGUAAUAUUUUCUUAUCAAUAUCUAUAGCCCUGAUGGGUUAAUUGGUGUUUUGUAAUAUUUUUCAUUUUUAUAAAGUACUUUUUGAGUUUGUUUUUAAUCUGGACAGGUUUAAUUUUGUUGUUUGUAAUAUUGUAAACAGGGAAUGGAUAUUUAUAAAUAUAUUGUUGUAUAGAUGAUGACCAUAACCCGUUAUCACAGCUAACGUAUAUUACGAUUAUUAUACAUACAUGAUUGUAGACUGUAUCUACAUAUUGUAGAAUUUUAUACUUAGGAAUUUAUUAUAUUAUACAGGGUGUUAGGUAAAUGGGUAUAUGAGCCGACACUAGCCCAUGUUAACAUGGUCAUAUAAAUGGUAUGGUGAAGUCAGAAAUUUGAUAUCAUCAUUUUAAUUUUUUUAAUUUUCAUACAAAAUUAAUUUUAUAAAAUCCGAUUUGUAUGAAAAAUAAAAUAAUUAAAAUGAAGAUAUCAAUUUUCUGACUUCACCAUACCAUUUAUAUGACCAUGUUAACAUGGGCUAGUGUCGGCUCAUAUACCCAUUUACCUAACACCCUGUAUACACGGUAGAGUCAAUAUUUACGAAGUUGUUUAUAUGAAAUGCUCAAUGUAAGUUCCCUUGCCAGUUAUUUGGUAUUUUAAAAAUUAAAUCGAGGUGAAAGUUUAUUACAUUAGACUACUAGUAUGAUUUUUGAUUGGUUUGAGAAGUUGUAUAUUAUUUUAAUGUUUAAUUAGUAAGUGCCUUAUAUCCUACAGGUCGUAGGUUGGUGUAUUGUUGAUGUACAUACAAUGUUACGAUUUUUAGUAGAAUAUAUUUUAAUAAAUAAUCUGUUACCAAAAA